GUGUGUAUGUGAGAGCGCGCGCUACUUUGUGUUUGUAAUUAAACUCCUCGGACGCUUUGAUCUCUUUGGGAAUCGUGUCGGGUUUGGAGCAGCGCGCGCGCCCGGAGCUCCUCGGGGCGCAUGUUGAUUUUUUACCCUCCGUGAUCAGCAUUCGGUCCAUUCCACCUCCUCCACCAACACCACCUCCACCUCCCCGAUGCUCCAGCAGCAGCCCUGAUGUGGGGGAAAAGUGCGGCAUGGCUGCAGGACGAGCUGGAGUCCGGGCUCAACUCUCUGCUCCUGCUCGACUGCCGCUCUCACGAGCUCUACGAGUCCUCUCACAUCGAGUCCGCCAUCCACCUCGCCAUCCCGGGCCUCAUGCUGCGCCGCCUGCGCAAAGGCAACCUGCCCAUCCGCUCCGUCAUCCCCAACGACGCGGACAAGGAGCGCUUCAUCCGCCGCUGCAAGAGCGACACCGUGCUGCUGUACGACGAGUGCGGGGAGAGCGGGGCGGCCGCUGCGGCGGGGACGCCGGGGACUGCGGGCUCGGUGCUCGCGCUCCUCAUGCACAGACUCCGCGAGGACGGCUGUAAGGCCUACUACCUGGAGGGAGGCUUUAAUAAGUUUCAGGCCGAAUACCCCGAGCACUGCGAGACUAACCUGGACUCGUCGUGUCCCAGCAGCUCUCCUCCCGUCUCGGUUCUGGGUCUGAGCGGCUUAAAGAUCAGCUCUGACGGCUCAGAUGGAGAAUCAGACCGUGAGCCAAGCAGCGCCACCGAGUCGGACGGCAGCCCGUUGCCUAGCAACCAGCCGGCCUUCCCGGUCCAGAUCCUGCCCUAUCUGUACCUAGGCUGCGCCAAGGACUCCACCAAUCUGGACGUCCUUGGCAAAUACAACAUUAAGUACAUCCUGAACGUGACGCCCAACCUUCCCAACAUGUUCGAGCACGACGGAGAAUUCAAGUACAAGCAGAUUCCCAUCUCGGAUCACUGGAGCCAGAACCUGUCCCAGUUCUUCCCUGAGGCCAUCUCCUUUAUCGAUGAAGCUCGCUCUAAGAAGUGUGGUAUACUGGUGCACUGCCUGGCGGGGAUUAGUCGCUCGGUCACGGUGACUGUGGCGUAUUUAAUGCAGAAACUCAACCUGAGUCUAAACGAUGCUUACGACUUUGUCAAGCGCAAAAAGUCCAACAUCUCGCCCAACUUUAACUUCAUGGGGCAGCUGCUGGACUUCGAGCGGACGCUGGGUUUAAACAGCCCGACCUGCGACAACCGGUCGCCCAAGGAUCAGAUGUUUUUCACCACACCCACCAAUCACAACGUUUUCCAGCUUGAUACGCUCGAGUCAACGUGAAAACACGCCAAAAUGAACAUUUUUGCCUAUAUUAAAAAGUUCAAAACGCAAUUCGGGCAGUGUCGUGUUGUGAAAAUUGCCCGGAAAACUGAUUGUGAAAGCAGAACCACAGAAACACAGUUUCAGCCUCACGGCAGCUUUUCUCGCCUUUCUGAAAUGGACUGUUCUCUUUUUUUUUUUUUUUUUUAAUAAAGAGGAAACAAAAGACCAAAUGAAAGCAGACACAUAACAACAUAAACUGAUUCAUCAUCAAGUUUUUACAACAAAUACAAACUUCCUGUCCUUAUGGGUGCCAAUCUGGAAUUUUUACAUUUCUAAUUACUUAUGUGUAGGGUUUGGGAUUUAAAAACAGAAAAAAGGAAAAACCUACACAAAACAAAAUGCCAUACAUGUCGACCAACAGCUACACUUUUUAAAGAACUCUUGAUUGUAUCUGACCAACAAUAACAAUGUUUUUUUUUUGUUCAUAAGAAUUUUUUUUUGUUUGUUUUGACCUAAUGCGCUUUGCACAAAGGAAGCCUUUUACUCUUUUGGCACUUGAAUCUGGUACACAGAGAAAAAGAGACAUUUCGAGGUUUUCAAGGUUGUUAACAAUUGGCUCUUAACGAACUUCCUCACUUUCUUCCUAAUUAUGAACGUGUUAAUUUCUUUACUAUCUCACGCCUUGCCUUGCCUCUCGUUAACAUACAGUAUCAGAACCUGAUGUAUUUGAGCGUGUGCUGCUUCAAGUGAGAUCUUUAACCGAAGCGACAUUGCUGGUAAACGAGUGUUUAGGAUCGUUUUUUUAACUACUCUGGUCGCUCCUGCAUUCACAGGCGGGCAGAAAGUGUGUAGCGAGGGUGUUUCAGCACGAAGAAACAUUUGAUCGGAGUCAAAGGAACAUGUACAAGUUUGCAGGAUUACUUUAACCGGCCUUAUAUAAUCUUUUUUAAUUCUUUCUUAUUCUGACUGUUCAGUACUUAUUUGUAUCACACUUAAAAAAAUCGUCAUAGACUUGUUAAAAUAUAAGUGUUCAUUUUUAAAGGAAUCAAUAUGUAGUAAUAAUGACAGCUAAUGGUCUCUAACGGGUCAGUCGAGGUUGUAUUUAUUACUCCUGCAAUAUCAUCCAAACCAAUUUUGCAGUAUUUUAUACAGCUGAAAAGAAAAUGCCUCGGGUUUUUAAUUCCUGUUUUGUACAAGUAUUUCGCAAUUUCUCGCUACAACGUACCGCCAGUUUUUCAAUCCUGCUUUGGAACUGAGGGAACUUUUCAUCCCGAAGACCCUGGCAUGUGCUGAUAAUUGAUUUUGUGAUAUUUUACAUUAUUUAAACAUGUUUUGUUAUCUCAGAUACACCCACAAACAGAUUUCUAUUACACAUAAAAUGCAAAUUCCAUAAUUCUGUUUAAAAACGAAAAGAGUGCUCCGUAAGUGGAAUAUGAGCCUGAAAAAGUUAACAUUUUAAAGGUUUUUUUUUUGAGUAAAUUUCAACGAUGUUCAUGAAAAGUUAUUAAAUUACUACGGUAACACAAAACAUUAGCGGCAGACCUC